CCGAGUUCCUACUGAGGGACAACUGAAACAAGAUACCUGGCUUAUAAUCUAAACAAAAGGGCUAUGAACUCUGCUGUUGUCACACCGCUGAGAGGGGGCGUCCCCAAACCCAGGCACGUCCAGCCCGGCCUCUGACACCAACCAACGGACACUUGGAGGGACCAUGUGAUGGCCGUCCCGCUGCCGUCCAUCCUCUGCCUCCUUCCCCCUACCUCCAGGAGCUGCCCCGAGUAGGGGGCAGGACCGGAUGCUCCGGGGGAUAUGAAGGCAGACCUGACUGGGGUGGACUGGACUGAGGCCUUCAUCUCCUACCUGUUCCACCACAAGGCCCUGAUACUCGGGCUCCUCUUCUUCCUGCUGCUGCUCAGCAACUGGAUGGUCAAGUAUGAAGCCGGCUUGCCGGCCGAGGCGCAACCCACCAAGGGCAGCCGGAGCCCGAAGGGGCACUUGGAGCUUCCAAAGACGCCCCUGGAGUCGGGGUCCCCACCCCGCCCCGCAACCCUAACCCCCAGGGAGGUUGACAAAGUACACGCCUGCUUCGCCCUCCAAGACAAGAUCCUAGAGCGACUCAUCUUCAACGAGAUGAAGCUCAGAGUGCUGGAGAACCAGAUGCUGGUCGUCUGGAAUCAGAUGGACAGGAAGUUGGGGCAGCCCCUGAGGACCCCCUGCCCGGGAAGGCCCAGCUCCCGGAGACACUCGGCCUACGCCUCCGAGGCGGGCAGCUCCAACUCCCAAGACUGACGAGGAGGCAGUGGAACCGGGGGGGCUCGGCCGGGGAGCCCCGUCCCUCAGCAGUAAAGCCCCAGCCAGAA